AUGUCGACAGCGCCCCCAGGGGAGGACUACAACAACGAAGACGAAGGUAUCAUUCCUAUGACCCCAGGGGUACAGAUUCCAGCAGCGAUCGGCCUGGCGAUACUCAUUUUGAUAUCGAUCACAGGCAAUUCAAUGACAGUAAUAGCCUACUUGCGGGAUCAGCGACUCUGCACCGUGUACGAUUUCUACUUAUUUCAACUCGGAAUCACGGAUUUACUUCUCUCCGCGAUCAGUUUACCUUUUUACACCGUGUAUACCCUCAUGGAAUUUACGUGGCCGUUCGGGUACGCAUUUUGUAAGAUAUACCUCGUGUGCGACUUCACGAUGUGUUUUCAAUCCAUAAUGCUGAUGUUGAUCAUCAGCCUAGAUCGGCUGCUACUAAUUCAGAUGGGACACUCCUACAUGAUAAAGAUCACGAGGCGCGUGGGCGUCGCACAGGUUGUAUGCGCUUGGCUAAUCUCCUUCCUGGUGUUCUCCCCCGCUAUCAUCGGCUGGGACGCCUGGGUGGGCUACUCGACCGUGAAAAACAUGGACUGCGACGUGGAAUUCGCUUACGACCGCGUCUUCACUACGAUCACUGCGUUCGUUGAGUUCCUUAUCCCAUUCGUGUGCAUGACGUCUCUAAAUGCUUUAAUCUACGUCAAAAUUAAGCAGCGCUCAAAGGUGAAUCCGGUCACGAGUAUUCAUGUUCAGUCGGCGUCAUCCAUAAAUCCAGGUAAUCGAACUGGGAUAGCUAAUGCAUUGCCGCCAGCGGCCCGUGACCCAGGGGGACGCCACAGAAAGGCGGCCAAGUUUCUGGCAAUGCUUGUCGUGGCUUUCCUGAUCUUUUGGGCGCCAUAUUCCAUCACCACUGUGCUCAUAUCAUUCUGUGAUGAUUGCGUGAACACAAGUCUGUACGAGUUUUUCAACUUUUUUCUCUGGAUGAAAUCUGCCGUCAAUCCGUUCCUGUAUGCGUACAACAGUCCCAGAUACCGCAUGCACUUCCGGCGGUUCCUAACGUUUAACGGCAGGCUCCUGUUACGGACAAAGGAACCGUCCGUCGAACCGGAAAUCACAGUCCAGACCAGCGCAAUGUGA